UUUGUAGUGAUGACUUAACACAUCGCAUGAAAGGUAAUACUGUUAUGAAUGAAUGGGAACGAUAUGAAGGUGUUAGACACUGUAGAUAUGUAGAUGAAGUACUUUCAGAUGCACCAUGGACUAUUACACCAGAAUUCUUAGAAAAACACAAGAUUGAUUUUGUGGCUCAUGAUGACCUUCCAUAUAGCUCCACAGACUGUGAUGAUAUUUAUAAAGAUAUUAAAGCAGCUGGUAAAUUUGUUCCAACUAAACGAACUGAAGGUAUAUCAACUUCAGAUCUCAUAGCACGUAUUGUGAAAGACUAUGAUGUAUAUGUGAGACGUAAUCUAGCCAGAGGUUACACUGCAAAACAACUCAAUGUUGGAUUUAUUCAUGUAAGUAUAAGUUUUCAAGUUAUACAGCCUAAAUUGUGGCAAACAGGCAUUGACACUUUAAUAUAA